GCUGCCUGCCGAUCAGAGGGAGUCUUAACGUAGGACGAGGACCACCUCAUCACUUGUUCUGUAAUUCAACGAUCCAGAUUAUUUGGAAAUACCGUUACCAUUGGAAUUGCCCUUUGUGAGAUCAGUUAUAUGUGAUGCCCAGGAAAGUCUGCCCUGACGAUGGUAGUCUCUCGCCGCAGUCGUCCUCAUCGUUGAGCUUUGUCGGAACCUAGCAUCGAAGCUUCACAAUUGCCCUGAUUACAGAAUAAUUUAAUUGGAUUUGACAAGUCCGAAGUCUCUCUGGAUACACUUGAAUAGUUUCUGUCUCGUUGAACAUUGAUCACGCGUUUUGACCUGGGAACUUGAACGAUGUCCUUCAAAGGGAAAAAUCUCUCUUAUGAGAGCAAUGAGCCUGCGUUUAUACGUCGGUUGAAGAGCCAGUUUGGAAGCAAUGACGGUCGCUUGGAGCGCCCUGCAGCGCGUCCUCGUUUAGCGAUGAACAAGAACGAUGACGACGACGAGCCGACAUAUGUUGAUGAAGCGACCAAUGAGGUUAUUACAAAGGAAGAGUACGAGAUGAUGGUCCAGGGCAGUUCGAAGACAGAAGACCAGGACAAGUCGAAGGACCAGGCGGAUCAAACGCGUCCAGAGGACGCCGCCGACAAAGACAGCGCGACAGGUGCUAAUAAGGACACAUCGACGACACAUAAGCAGGCCAUGGCAGAUAUUGGAGGCCCUAAGAAGCGAAAACAGGCCAAAGUGAUCCAGGAGGACAACCUCAAGGAUACCGAACAAGGACCGUCAGAUGUCCCCGCUGCGCGAAAGCCGAAACAGAAGAAGAAGAAGAUCAAACUCUCAUUCGACGACGAGUGAACUUGUCCCAGGGCAUCGCCUUUUCUCUAUCACGAUAGAGAACCCUUCUUCUGUAGCUCCUGCGAAGAUUUUGUUCCUUUGCUGACCUCCCAGGGACGGUAUACUGUUACGUCACUCUGCCAAAUCAGCCCAGUAUGAGAGCAUUAGUAAAUACCACACAUCCAUCUACGAAUCUGCUGCUUGUCUUGUACUCGUAUAUAUCUACUUGCUACUACCCUGAUUCAUUAAAUUGGAUUAAUAA